ACAUAUCCAAACUUAAACUUAAGUUUUCAAAAUUAAAAAUCCAAAAAAAUGAAUAAAUUCAUAGCAAUUUGUUGUAUUGCGAUUUUAUUCGACCUAGCCAAGGCUACAGAUUAUUGCUCGGACUCUAUUUGUGAUGGGAAAAAAGGCUCUCAUAUUGCUUGUGAUCAUGAUGGGGAAUUUUCUUCCUCUUGUCCGGAUGAUGCUGAAAUGGUUGAAAUGACUAGUUCUCUGCAAAAACUUAUUGUGGAUGAACAUAAUAAAAAACGUAAUAUUAUAGCUGGCGGUGAUGAUGAUUUUAAACCUGCCUGUCGCAUGGCCACCAUGGAAUGGGAUGAUGAAUUAGCCAAGUUAGCUGAAUAUAAUGUUAUGCAGUGUAAAAUGAAUCAUGAUGAUUGUCAUAAUACUGAGGAUUUCAAAUACUCUGGACAAAAUCUUGGUUCCAUAGGCUUUUCGGAUAAUAAAAAUGAUACUGAGCAAAUAACGAAAUCAAUUAAAUUGUGGUUUGAGGAAAAGAAGGAUGUUGAUCAGUCCAUUCUUGAUGAAUAUCCCAGUGAUUAUUCUGGACCUGAUAUUGGCCAUUUUACCGUUAUGAUGGUUGAUCGUAAUAUUCGUGUAGGUUGUGCUGCUGCCACUUAUUCCAAGGACUCUCAUAAUAAUUAUUUGUUUGCCUGCAAUUAUGCCUCUACUAAUAUGGUGGGUUUUCCAAUAUAUAAAAGUUGCGAUAAGGCAGCUGAUGAUUGUGAAUCUGGCACUAAUUCAUCAUAUAAAAAUUUGUGUUCUACUUCGGAAUCUUAUGAUGUUAAUAAGUUUCAGUUGAAGGAUUCUUUUUUUUUUAAUCUGUAUGUUUGAUUUAUGGUGAAUGGAGAAUUUUUUGUUAUUAUGUUUUAAAUUUGUUAUUGUCAGUAAUUUUACAAAAUUUCUUUAAAUUGUGUUAUUUUAAAAUAAAUUGCAUAUUUUGUUGUAAACAUUUUCUACUUGUUUUUGGUAUAAAUUGUGUUAAUAUUUCAAGUCAACUAAAAAUUUGAUUGAUAACAGAAUGAAAGCAUUAAGUGUUAUAAAUCAUUGUAAAGUUAAA